AAAUUUAACUGCAGAGAUUUUAAAUGGAAAAUGGUUAGCAGAGCGACAUACUUCCUACUCCUUAUCUUGCCUGUAAUCUCUGGAUUUAAUAUCGGUAUCAAGGGGGUCAAUAUUUUGACUGGAGAACCUGGAUCUAUGUUUGGAUAUUCCCUAAACUUCGCCACCCGGCGUAAUAAUGUAUGGUUGUUGGUUGGAGCGCCAAAGGCAACAGAUAAAGCCCAAAAUUUGAUCACAGGGACUUUGUACUACUGUACCCCUCCUCUUAGGAAUUUGACUGACUGCAAACAGCUUUCAAGUGGACAACUCCCAGGUGUAGUACUAGGAGAUGAGUUUACAGAACAGCGGUCAGAGAUGUGGCUGGGAGCUUCUGUUGACGUGGGACAAUUUGCCGAGGCAGUCACGUUCUGUGCACCACGUUGGAGAAGAAAUGGUCCUGAUGGUAAUGUUACUGCAAUGAAUGGAUUGUGUUAUGAAGUACCAUUUGGAGUAUUAGAAGGGGACGAUUCUGGGCUCAUAAAUCCAGCAAUAUUGAACGGGUUGUAUAAUUCUGAUCCCUCAGAUCAAUUUACGGAGUAUGACGAGGCUAUGUUCAACCAGACCAUCAAAUACGGAGUAUCGGCUUCAGGACUUUCUAUAACGUACAAUGGCAGUGAAAUUUGGAUUGGUUCACCGGGUUUAAAUGAGCUUGCAGGUGGAGUAAUCAUUUUGAAAAGUACUUCCUACUCAGUUAAGAGUGAAAACACCACGGGCGCCAAACAGGGACAGUUGUAUGGUUAUGCUGUGAGUGUCGGUAGGUUUUAUAGUGACAAAAUAUCUUACGUUGCUAUGGGUGGUCCAAGGGAUGGUGGCUCUGGCAAGGUACUUAUAAUGGAUUCAAAUUACAACACCAAAGAAAGGUUAAUUGGACUGGAGCCUGGGAGCUAUUUUGGAUCUGUUUUAUGUGUUAUUCCUGGGAAGGGCGAUGCUACUGACUAUCUACUUGUUGGAGCCCCAAUGUACAGUGAUAUACAGACGUAUUCUAAUAACUACCAGACUACAGAGGAGAUGGGGAGAGUGUAUGUGUACGUUAAAAGUCAGACAAAUGAAAGUUUACAGGUAAUGCAGAUAUUAGAAGGAUCUAGAACUAUAGGGUCCAGAUUUGGUUUUGCCAUGGCUAACCUGAACGAUAUAAAUAACGAUGGAUUUAAUGAUGUAGUUAUUGGGGCCCCCUUUGAGAGUGAUGGACAGGGAGCAGUGUACGUGUAUAUGGGGUACAAGAGGGGAUUUUUUUUGACACAGACAAUUACUGCUGCAAGUGUGGCCCCAUCUGGUAAAACACUUUCAUCCUUUGGCAGCUCAUUCACUCAGCAUCCGGCAGAUUUUAAUAAUGAUAAACUUUCAGAUCUCGCCAUUGGUGCAUCCUUUUCGGACAUGGCUUUUGUUCUUUUUACAAAUCCUCCAAUUACAAUGAUAGUGGACAUUAAGACCAACCUCACGACAUCUUCAGAAGGGGGCGGUGCUAGAAUCAUUGCACAAAACACCACGGGUUUCACACUCAAUGUCUGUUUUGAUUAUGAAGGAGAGAACAUUCCAUCAGACGUGUUGGUGACGUAUGAAAUUACAGCUGAUCCUGCUUUCCUCAAGAGCAGAAUCUCCCAAGUAGAACGCAUUUGCUUUAAACAGUCAGACACGAGUUGUGUUAACAAAGUUGCCAGAAACUUUAAAGUAUUCAAAGCCCCAUCAGAGCUGACCUGUACUACUUCUCCUCUAGAAGUAAUGGUUAGGGAUGACUGGACGAACAUGAGAGGCUUGUUUGUUCCUGUGGACUUUGAUGUGGAGUUCAAUGUGUCCACUUCUGGUAAUACAGAGUGUACCGUUAGCUGUCCCGUAGUCAACAAGUUUGAUCCCACCAACGAUGACCCAUUUGCUAAGAUUCGUAAAUAUUCGUAUCAACUGGCGAGGGAAGGCUGUGGUUCUGACAACAUCUGUGCCUCUGAUGUCCAGCUACUGGUCACUUCACCAGACACACUGGUUACAGGACCUAAAUCAGAAUAUGUUGUAGACGUGUCUGUCAGCAAUCAUGGAGAUUCAUCUUAUAAUACAGAAAUCUUCUUUACUUUCCAUCAAAAUAUGACAUUAUCCUUCAUAGAUGAUGAAAGACUAAUUUGUUCAUCGACUGCUGGUUCUUUGAAGUGUUCAUUUCACAAACAGCGGUUUAACAAAGGUGAACAGUUUCAAUUCAAAGUCCGUUUUGACAGUAGCAAGUUACUGCCUGUUAUCGACACUUUUAAUCUGAAGGUAGAGGUUAAAUCUGACAGUAAUGAUAUCAGCAUGCAGGACAAUACAUUUAAUAAAACGGUCAGAUUAUUGACGAAAGUGGUAGCUAUUUACAAUGUGGCUGCAAAUCCAGAUACUUAUAUAACAAAAACAGACCCAAAGAAUCCCAUCAUAGAAGUAAACCACAGCGUUCAGAUAGUGAACACUGGACCCAGUGACCUUUUGGACACGCUGACCUUCAUCCUGGAGUACCCACAGUCAAGCCAAGUUAAACCAACGAGAAUUCAUUUGAAUGUUUCCUCUGCGACUAACUACACUCUGAUACAGUGCCGGGAUCAAGUUUUAGUACCAGAGGGUGAGACAACUCUAACCUACAGAGCGUUUAUCAUUUUUGUGGAUGAAACAGGAAACUCUAAUUCGGCCAACAAUUUUGUGAGCACUUAA